AUGAGAAAAUGUUUAAGUUCUAUAAAAGCACACAGUAAUAAAUAUUCGAUUAAGUGUCAUAUAUAUUUAAGAGAAUGGUCAAAUAAUAAGAAUAAAAGGAUGUAUAUUUCAUCCUUGUUAAAUUAUAAAGUAGAAGAAACUUAUAAAUAUUCUUGUGUUGUUCCGUACAAGAAUGAUAAUAUAUUUACAUUAGAAAAACAAAUAUAUGACGAAAAAUAUAGUCACGUUUUUAUAGAUAAGAAUAUAGAAAUUGAAUCUGAUUUAUAUUAUUUAUACAAAUUAUUGAUAAAUAGUAGAACGAUAGAACAAAUUCGUUUAGAGGUUUAUAGAUCAUAUUGUGCUUAUGAAAAUAAUUUUAUUAAUGAUAUGAAAAAGAUUAAUUGGAAUGCUUAUAUUCCAUUUAGUAGUGUUUUAAAAGAACCUGAAAUUAGUAUUACAAGUAUUAAGUCACGUUUAUAUCAUACAUGUAUGAUAAAAAAUAUUAUAUUGAAUAUAAUUAAAAGACAACAACAAUUAUAUAUUGAAAAAAAUGGAGAUGAAAAUAUUUUGUUGAAAAAAAAAAAAUUAAUUUCAUCACAAUUAUCUCCAUUAAAAAUUAAUGUAUUGUUUAAAUAUAAUGAAUGUAAAAUUCAUAUUAAUUUAAGUAAUAAUAUGAAUAUAAGAAUAUACCAAGCAUAUAAAAAUCAACAAUCUUUAAAAAGUACUAUAAUAGCAUCUGCUAUUUUUAAACUUAAUUUAUUUAAAUAUAUAAACAAUUCAAAGCAAACAUAUAUAAUUGAUCCAUUUUGUAAUGAUGGAACAGCCAUAUUAGAAAUCCUCAGUAUUCUAUUAACUAUACCUAAUGGAUCUCCAAGUAUUAAUUAUCCUAUCUUUACAUAUCCCUUACAUUCCCCAUCAACCUUUUAUAAUGUAUUGAAUGAAAUAAUUAUUUCUCCUUUACAUAAUAUGACACAACUAUAUUUCUUAGGGAUGGAUGAGAAAAAGGAACAUAUCAAACAUGCAAAUCGUAACUUGAUGAAAUUUAUCCAAACCAUUCCUUUAAAAAAUGAUGUAACAGGACAUAAUGAUCAUUCUUCGGUUAAUAUAAAUGAUCCACGUGUACAUACUCUUGUUGGUGAUAUAAAGAAUGUAACAUCGAACCAGAAGCACAACAACAUUUACACAAAUAAGGAUGAUAACACAAAUUAUGAUAACACAAAUUAUGAUAACAUAAAUUAUGAUAACAUAAAUUAUGAUAACAUAAAUUAUGAUAACACAAAUUAUGAUAACACAAAUUAUGAUAACACAAAUUAUGAUAACAUAAAUUAUGAUAACAUGAAUGAAUGUGAUGAUCAUAAUUCUUCAGAUAGCCACAUAAAAAAAAAAACAUAUAAACAACUCGAAACCUUAAGCACACAACAAUUAAAAGAUCUUUUUGAUAAUGAAAAAAAAAUCGAAAAGAUAUCUAUAAACAAUAAGUCAUUUUUAUUAAACAAUAUAAAGUUUUGUUCAUUUAAUUUUUUAAAAUUAAACAAUGUUAUUGAAAAUUGUAUUAUUAUUACUAACAUUAUGAAUAUGGAAAAGAAAAAAAUACUCAAAUUUGAGAAGAUACUUCUUCGUUCAUAUAUAUUAAAUGCAUAUGUUUUUUCUAACGAAAAAUAUAAAGAAAACACCCAACUACAAUUUAGGCUCAUAGCACGAUUUAUAUCGAAUGGUCAGAAUGUAAUAUUUUUACAGCUAUUUAAUAAAACAAAAAUAAAAAGAUAUGAGGAUUAUGAGGAAAAUUAA